AUGAAUCCUCCAGUCUACUUCGGGUCUAGAACCAACAAGGAUUCCCAGAAGUUUGUUGAUGAAGUCCACAAGAUUCUCUGUGCUUUGGGUGUUAAUGAAGAGGAGAAGGCUGAGUUGGCUGCAUACCAUCUCAAGGAUGUGGCUCAUGGUGUAGAGGUUGAUCCAAAAAAGAUUGAGUCACUAAAGAACUGGCUGAGACCCCUCACUCCUACAGACAUCUGGAGUUUCUUGGGUUUGGUUAAUUACUACCGCAGGUUUGUUGAGGGCUUUUCCGCUAUUGCUGCUCCAUUGAAAACUUUAUUAAAGAAGAAGGCAAAGUUUGAGUGGUAUGAAACUUGUGAAAAGAUCUCAAAGACCGACUCACUUCAGGCCCAGUUGUUCUCACAUUGUCGAGGAGUAGUGAAGGGUAAGGACAAUGUAGUGGCCGAUGCUUUGAGCCUAUUGAGCAUGGGCAGUGUGUCUCAUAUUGAUGAUGAGAAGAAGGAGCUGGUUAAAGAGGUACACCAAUUGGCUAGGUUAGGUGUACGACUGGUAGAUACACCAAGUGCGGGUGUUUCAGUUCAUUCCAGUUCUGAAUCCUCAGGUGUUGUAGAUGUUAAAGAUAAGCAGCAUCUCGACCCAGUACUCAUAGAGUUGAAAGACUUAGUGUUGAAUUCUCAUGGCUCCAGCUACCAUUCCAGCAUUGGGAUGAGACCUUUUGAAUCACUAUAUGGAAGGAGAUUUAGGUCCACAGUUGGGUGGUUUGAGGUAGGAGAGUUUUCAAUCCUUGGCCCUGAGAUCAUACAUGAGGCUAUGGAAAAGUUGAGAAUGAUCAGGGAUAGACUGGCUACUGCUUACAAUUGUCAAAAAUCCUAUGCUGAUAAUAGGUAG